ACAAACGUUUUUACUAGUCCCUAUUAGGCCUUGGUUAAAUAUGUAACCGAAAAAUCGCGAAAGCAAUCGGAUUAAUUUAAAUUCAGCUCAUUCAAAUGGUAAAUUGUAACAAAUUUUUAGUUGAUUUUAGAUCUCAAUUGAUUAGAUUAAUAAAACAUUAUUAUGAAUGUAAAUUUAUUUUAAUGAAUUGUAAAGACAAUUAAAUAAUAAAAGAUAAAUGCAAAUAAAUGAGUUGAUUUGUAAAAUAAGUCUUGGAAGAUAUUCUGCCCCUUCAAUGGGAAUUAUAAAUGUCAUAAACCCAAAACCCAUGAAUUUCCCGGGCUACUGAAAAGCUCCAAAUUUUCUUAAGAAAAAAGGAAAAACAAAAAAGAAAAGCAAAAAAGAAAAGCUCCAAAUUGCCAAAACCCUUUAUUCUCUCUCUCUCACACACACACACACAGAAACAAACAAGGGAAGCACACACACAGAGGAAUCAUACAAAGAAGGCAGAACGCGUGAGCCAUCGUCAAUGUGAAGGAGGCGAAAAUUCGAAAAUUCUUGAUAGUGAGUGGGAAAUAAGGUAUCACAUUUGCUCGUAGGUUAUACCGAUCACAUUAAUCGACUUGUGGGAAAAUGAUUGAAGCAGGAAAAACCCUAGCUAACCAUACAAAGAAGCCAUCAUUGACACCAAAGGCGAUCAUACACCAGAAAUUUGGCGAUAAGGCCUGUUAUAAGGUUGAGGAAGUACAAGAUGAUUCGAAUCAAAAUGGAUGUCCGGGUUUAGCUAUCCCGCAGAAAGGUCCGUCUUUGUAUCGGUGCACUUUGGAACUUCCGGAAACUACCGUUGUCUCUGAUGCCUGUAGAAGGAAAAAGGAUGCUGAACAAUCAGCUGCAGAGAAGGCCAUAGAAAAGCUGGGCAUUCAACUGAAGGAAUACAAUCCCACAAAAGAGGAAGCUUGGAAUGAUUUGGCCGGUCGUAUUUCUUUCUUAUUUUCAAAUGAGUUCCUUCCGUCUUUGAAUCCGCUCAGUGCUCACUUCAGAGCAGCAUUGAGAAGAGAAGGCCAUUUUAAAGGCUGUGUUCCAUUAUCUGUGCUUGCAAUUUACGAUGGCAAAGUUAGUAAUAUAUGUAAAUACAUCGAUCCUAUGGCGGAAUCGAAUUCACUGCUAGUGAUGUCACUAGUUCUAAGAGCAGCAGCUAAACUGACCGAUUCUGUAGUGAUAUCUGAUAAACAACUACAGAGGAGAAACGAAUACCCGUUGGAGAUAUUAUCUUCAACCAAUAACGAAUCAAAUUUAUCGGAAAGCAUUUCGAUCGAUGUAGUAAUUAUUCCAGCUUCACUUGAGAAAGCUGUUGAAUCUGUGAAGCUUAAUUUUACUGCGGCUGGUUAUUAUCUAGACGUUAUUGCUCGUGAACUAGGCAUGAAUGAGGCUUCGGAUGUUAUAAUUUCCAGAACAAUUGGCAAAGCUUCGUCCGAGAUGAGAAUAUAUUCAGCUGCUCCCAAACAACUCCUUUGUGACCAAUUCGAAGGAACCCUAAACAUCCGGGCGAGUUACUUUGCUGGUCAAGAAAUACACGGUGAUGGAAUUUUAGCUUCUGUAGGGUACACAUGGAGGUCUACCGAUAUUUUUCAUGAAGCUGUUUCUUUGCGAUCAUAUUACCGGAUGCUUGUGAACAAAAUACCUGGUGGGGCAUACAAGAUAUCGAGAGAUGCAAUACUUGCGGCUAAUUUGCCUUCAGCAUUUACGAUGAAAUCCAAUUGGAGGGGUUCUUUCCCAAGAGACAUACUUAGUACAUUCUGCCGUUUUCACUAUUUGUCUGAACCUGUGUUCUCUACUCAAAGUAAUUCAUCAGAGGCAUCUCUCGAUUUACCUGGAUCACGUAAAAAGCUGAAAGUGACUCAGUCGAACAAAGAAGAAAAAACCGAAGCUUUUUGCUGUGAAGUAAAGAUUUAUUCCAAAAAUCAAGAACUGAUCGUACAAUGUUCCCCACAAGAAACUCAUAGAAAACAGACAGAUGCUGUGCAAAUUGCUGCUUUAAAAGUCUUGUCGUGGCUAAACUUGUUUUUCGAAAACCCAAAUAUUUCUUCAGAGAAGUUAAACUUGCUAGCGGAAAAUCUCGACAUUCACUUUACUCCUCGUUACUUCUUUAAGGAGUUUGCAUUAUGCCACUCCAUGCAUAAUAAUAAGGCAGCGGAAAACGAACCAUCUUUAAUUGAUAUUACUGGUGAAAAUUCUGGAGCUACUCCGUCUAAUGGUUCUUUAGUAUGCAUAAGCUACUCUGUCUCGUUGUUUAGAGAAGAAGACUCCAUCAAAGACCAUCUCAAAAGCUGUGAAGAGUUUGAGUUUGAGAUAGGCAAUGAAGCUGUAUUGCCUUAUAUCGAAUCGGCUGUAGCACAAAUGGCUAUUGGCCAGUCUGCGUAUUUUCAAGUAGAUUUGCCUUCCGAUGAGUUUAUUUUAGCAACGGCUGUUGAUUCUGCAUCGGCUCUAUCGUUGUUAUCUUCAAAAAGAUGCAAAAUGGAGUACAAUAUUACUCUAUUGCAAGUGACAGAACCGUUGGAAGAGAGAAUGGAGCAAGCUCAGUUCAGCCCUCCUUUGUCGAAACAGCGUGUCGAAUUUGCAGUACAGCAAAUUAAAGAAUCUUCUGCAGCAUCUUUGGUCGAUUUUGGUUGUGGUUCCGGAAGUUUACUGGAUUCUUUGCUAUCUUACCCUACUUCUCUCGAGAAAAUUGUCGGUGUUGAUAUUUCACUGAGAGCUCUUACUAAAGCAGCCAAGUUACUGCACACAAAAUUGAACAAAUUAUCGGAAUCUAGUAGCAAAAUCAAAUACGCAGUGCUAUACGAUGGCUCAAUCACGAAAUUCGAUUCUCAGUUGCAUGGAUUUGACAUUGCAACUUGCUUGGAGGUGAUUGAGCAUAUGGAGGAAGAAGAAGCGAGCUUAUUUGGCGAAGUAGUGCUGAGCUGUUUCCGUCCGAAAAUCCUAAUUGUCUCAACUCCAAAUUACGAGUACAAUGUUAUUCUCCAAGGUUGUACUACAGAGGACCCGGACGAAAAGAAUCAGACACAGGUUUGUAAGUUUCGAAACCAUGAUCACAAAUUCGAAUGGACGCGGGCACAGUUUGAGAGCUGGGCUGCUGACCUGGCGGCAACCCAUAAUUACGGGCUUGACUUUAGCGGUGUUGGUGGUGCUGCUGACGUGGAGCCUGGUUUUGCUUCGCAGAUUGCUAUUUUUAGAAGGCGCGAAGAUAAUUUUACGAACGUGGAAUCGGAUAACCACUAUGUGCCGAUUUGGGAAUGGAAUAGGGAGAAUAUUCCCCCCAAGGAGCAAUGAUUUGACCUAAUAUGGUGUUUUUUUGGGGGUAAAAUGAAUAUUUUAAUUGAGGGAAUUGCCAUCCACUAUGUAUGAAUUCUGGGAAAUCUAUGAAAAUAUCCAAGUUGAGUGUUUUUAAA